CUGAGGUCUGUAUCUGUAGACCUGAAUGUCGAUCCUUCUCUCCAAAUUGAUAUACCUGAUGCCCUAAGUGAAAAGGACAGAGUGAAGUUCACUGUGCAUACUAAGACUACACUGCCAGCUUUUCAAAGCCCAGAGUUUUCAGUUACAAGGCAGCAUGAAGAUUUUGUGUGGCUGCAUGAUACGCUCACUGAAACUGAAGAGUAUGCGGGACUUAUUCACCUUCAAAGCCUGACUUUGAUGGUCCCAGAGAGAAGAUGCAGAAGCUAGGGGAAGGAGAAGUGUCUAUGACAAAAGAAGAGUUUGCCAAAAUGAAGCAAGAGCUAGAAGCUGAAUACCUCGCUGUCUUCAAGAAGACCGUAUCAUCACAUGAAAUCUUCCUUCAGCGAAUUUCUUCUCAUCCUGUGCUCAGCAAAGAUCACAAUUUUCAUGUUUUCUUGGAGUAUGACCAGGAUCUGAGUGUUCGGAGGAAAAACACAAAAGAGAUGUUUGGUGGCUUUUUAAAAAGUGUGGUUAAGAGUGCUGAUGAAGUCCUGUUUUCUGGAGUCAAGGACGUAGAAGACUUUUUUGAGCAAGAGAAGACUUUUCUUGUAAACUACUACAACAGAAUCAAGGAUGCAUGUGCAAAAGCAGAUAAGAUGACAAGAUCUCAUAAAAAUGUUGCGGAUGACUAUAUUUAUACUUCAGCUUGCUUAAACAGCCUGGCAUUAGAAGAACCUACAGUUAUCAAAAAGUACUUGUUGAAAGUUGCUGAGCUCUUUGAGAAACUAAGGAAGGUAGAGAGUAGAGUUUCAUCUGAUGAAGACCUAAAGCUGUCUGAACUGCUGAGAUACUACAUGCUCAAUAUAGAAGCUGCUAAGGAUCUUCUAUACAGGCGUACAAGGGCUCUUGUCGACUAUGAAAACUCGAACAAAGCUUUAGAUAAAGCCAGACUAAAGAGCAAGGAUGUCAGGCUGGCUGAAGCACAUCAACAGGAUUGUUGUCAGAAGUUUGAGAAGAUUUCAGAAUCUGCAAAACAAGAACUGAUGAGCUUCAAACAGAAGAGAAUAGCAGCGUUCCGCAAAAACCUAAUUGAAAUGGCAGAACUGGAAAUAAAGCACGCGAAGAACAAUGUGUCUCUCCUGCAAAGCUGUAUUGACUUGUUCAAGAACUGAGGCGCCUUAUCCUGAAAAUGUGAAAAAAGCAUCAAUUGCA